CUCAUUUUAUUUUAUUUUUGUUUUAUUCAUCGAAACUCAAUUAUACAAAUUUUAUAUUUCAUAUAUAUACAAUUCAAUGGCUUCAACGGAUAAAUCUUCAUCACAACAGAUUCCAAAUGUGGUCAAAUUUAUUUUCGGUGGAACAGCCGGUAUGGCUGCUACAUGUUUUGUUCAACCAUUAGAUUUGGUGAAAAAUCGUAUGCAAUUGAGUGGCGUUGGAGGAAAAGCCAAAGAACACAAGACCAGUAUCCAUGUAUUACGGGCAGUUGUGAAAAAUGAAGGCAUCACUGGCCUUUAUGCUGGAUUAUCGGCUGGCCUUUUAAGACAGGCAUCAUAUACUACCGUUCGAAUGGGUGUUUAUACAUCAUUGUUCGAUUGGUAUAGUCGUGAAUAUGGUCAAGGAAAACCACCAGGUUUUUUCAUUAAAGCCGGUCUUGGUAUGACAGCCGGAGCGAUUGGUGCUUUUUUCGGUACACCAGCCGAAGUAUCACUUAUUCGUAUGACAUCUGAUGGUCGUUUACCGCUUGCUGAUCGUCGUGGUUAUAAAAGUGUUUUUGAUGCACUUAUCCGUAUCACUCGUGAAGAAGGUGUUUUAACAUUAUGGCGUGGUUGCAUACCAACAAUGGGCCGUGCAAUGGUUGUAAAUGCUGCUCAAUUAGCUUCAUAUUCACAAGCCAAACAAUUUUUAUUGUCCACAUCAUAUUUUCGAGAUAAUAUUGGUUGCCAUUUCGCUGCAUCUAUGAUUUCUGGAUUGAUAACCACUGCCGCUUCUAUGCCGGUUGAUAUUGCCAAAACUCGAAUUCAAAGUAUGAAAACUAUUAAUGGAAAACCCGAAUACACUGGUGCAAUCGAUGUUUUAACAAAAGUAAUUCGAAACGAAGGUUUAUUCGCCUUAUGGAAAGGAUUUACACCGUACUAUGCUCGAUUAGGUCCACAUACAGUUUUAACGUUCAUUUUCUUGGAACAAAUGAACAAAACUUAUAAAGAAUAUGUAUUUGGGGACACUUCUUCUGGUGGUGGACUCUAAUUAUUAUAACAAAUAGUAAUAAUAAUAAUAUAAUAUAAUUCUACUAUAAUUGUCUCAAUUAUAACUUGUAGGAAGACUGAUUGAUUUUGUUGUUUGAAUUUCCAAUUCCUUUCAAUCAUCAAAUUUUAUUUCCACAUUCAAGAUUUAAA